UACUCCUUCCCCUCUCCCAACCUGGCCACCCACCAUGGCCUCACAUCGUCAAGCAGUUUUCAAUGAUCAACCUUACGUAGACCCGAACCCUUUGCCCACUUCCGUCCCACCUGUGGACGAGUUAGGAACAACAAGUGCCCCUUUGAAAUCGGCCAGUUUUUUCAUCGGACAGUAUUGUAAGGAUGUGAAUGAGGAUUUCAUGCUAUGUAAAUCGGAAAAUAGAGAUCCUGCUCAUUGUCUGAAGGAAGGACGUAAAGUCACUCGGUGUGCUUCAGAGUUGAUACGGAAAAUGAGAGAAUCUUGUUUGGCGGAGUUUGAUGCUCAUUGGCAAUGUCUAGAGAAGAAUAAUCAGUAUCUUCAAGCAUGCAGGGUACCCGAGAAAGCGCUCAACAAUUGUGUCUUCACGAAAUUAAACCUAACCAAAACCAUUCCUGGCUCACCAGAGGGUCAACCUCAAGUGCACGAAAAGGAGAAACCGAUCUUUACCCGUGUACAAAAGUAGAUUCACUUGCCGUAGACGAAGCAUGCCAGCAUAGCAUCCA